AUGCCGUUUCUGGCUCUGAGAUGCAGGUGCCCUCGUGCAAGGACUGGAGGGAGACCUGUAGGAGCUAAGGGUACAGGACCUCAGAUCUUUAACUACAAGGGAUUAGAUUAUGCCAACAACUGGAAUGAUCCUGGAAGAGAAUUUUCCCCAGAACUUCCACGUAAAUUCACAGAAAAACAUGAAUGGAUAACAACAGAAAAUGGUAUUGGAACAGUGGGAAUCAGCAAUUUUGCACAGGAAGCUUUGGGAGAUGUUGUUUACCGUAGUCUGCCUGAAAUUGGGACAAAACUGAACAAACAAGAUGACUUUGGUGCUUUGGAAGGUGUGAAAGCUGCUAGUGAACUGUAUUCUCCUCUGUCAGGAGAAGUAACUGAAAUUAAUGAAGCUCUUGCAGAAAAUCCAGGACUUGUCGACAGAUCUUGUUAUGAAGAUGGUUGGCUGAUCAAGAUGACAUUGAGUAACCCUUCAGAAGAGUGA